AUGUGGGGUCCCAGGUGCGUGGUCUCAGUCGAAGAAGGCGGAGGCAGGGACGAGGCCGGAGCACUUAUCCUCACCCAAUAUGGGGUCCCAGGCGCGUGGUCUCAGCCCGAAGAAGGCGGAGGCGGGGACGAGGCCGGAGCUGGGGUCCCAGGUGCGAAAGCGGAGGCGGGGACGAGGCCGGAGCGCUUAUCCUCGACCAACGUGGAGUCCCAGGUACGCGAUCUCGGCCCGAAGAAGGUGAAGGUGGGGUGCUUGCAGCCAGAAGAAGGCGAGCUUCAAGAGGAGGCGACAACAAGCUCGAAGGACUUACUCUCAGAAUACGUUCUCGGCGCGUGGUCUCAACCUGAAGAAGACAGAGGCGGCGACAAGGCCGGAGUGCCUAUCCUCAAUCAAGAUGGGGUCCCAGGUGCGCGGUCUCAACUUGAAGAGGAUGGAGGCGGGAACCAGGACGGAGGCGAGGAGAGGCCGGAGUGCCCAUCCUCAACCAAGAUAGGGAAGCUCAAGCUGAAGAAGACAGAGGUGUGGAAGUUCAAGCUGAAGAAGACACAGGCGUGGAAGCUCAAGCUGCAGAAGGGCAAGGACAAGGUGCGUAUCCUCAAGAAGAAAAAGGCCGGGAGCGGGAACGAAGCCGUGCAGGCUCGCCUGCAUGGUGUCCCAGGUGCGUGGUCUCAGCCCGAAGAAGGCGACGAGACCGGAGCGCUUAUCCUCAACCAAUAUGUUCCAGGUGCGAAAGCGGAGGCGGGGACGAGUCCGGAGCGCUUAUCCUCGACCAACGUGGAGUCCCAGGUACGCGAUCUCGGCCCGAAGAAGGUGAAGGUGGGGUGCUUGAAGCCAGAAGAAGGCGAGCUUCAAGAGGAGGCGACAACAGGUGCGCGGUCUCAACUUGAAGAGGAUGGAGGCGGGAACCAGGACGGAGGCGAGGAGAGGCCGGAGUACCUAUGCAAGGACAAGGCUGGGAGGGCCCAUCCUCAACCAACAUGGGGUUCCGAGGUGCGGAAGUUCAAGCUGAAGAAGACACAGGCGGUGAAAGCUCAAGCUGAAGAAGACAGGGGCAGGGACAAGGCGUGGAAGCUCAAGCUGAAGAAGGGCAAGGACAAGGCGUGGAAGCUCAAGCUGAAGGAGACGGAGGCGUGGAAGCUCAAGCUGAAGAAGGGCAAGAACAAGGCGUGGAAGCUCAAGCUGAAGGAGACGGAGGCAAGGACAAGGCAAGGACAAGGCCGGGAGGACUUAUCCUCAACCAACAUGGGUUUCCGAGGCGUGGAAGCUCAAGCUGAAGAAGGGCAAGAACAAGGCAUGAAGGCUCAAGCUGAAGAAGACAGAGGCAAGGACAAGGCGUGGACGCUCAAGCGGAAGAAGACAGAGGCAAGGAGGAGGCCGGGCGUGGACGCUCAAGCGGAAGAAGACGGGGGCAAGGACCAGGCGUGGAAGCUCAAGCGGAAGAAGACGGAGGCAAGGACGAGGCGAACACUGAAGGAGACGGAGUCGCCGAAGGCGAGCCAUGGAGAGUGCAAGGAAUAUGCCCGAUACUUGGGCAUCGACCCCGGAUACGAGGGAGAAGAGACACACAACGCGAUGUUGUGCCCGAGCCUCGGUGCAUGGUCUCAACCUGAGAAGAACACGGAGGCGGGGAUCAGGUGUGACGUCUCGCAGCCCGAAGAAACUGGAGGCGGGGACGAGGUGGAGGCGGGAACUACGGGGUCCCAAUCCGGAGAAGGCGAAGGCGGGGAAGAGGUGCGUGGUCUCAACCUGAAGAAAGCGGAGGGGACGAGGCCGGAGGGCUUAUCCUCAACCAAUAUGGGGUCCCAACCCGAAGAAGGCGAAGGCGGGGACGAGGCCGGUGUGAAGUCUCAUCCCGGAGAAGGAGGAGGCGGGGACGAGGCCAAAGCGAUUAUCCUCAACAAAUCUGGGGUCCGAGGUGUGAAGUCUCAUCCCGGAGAAGGAGGAGGCGGGGACGAGGCCAAAGCGCUUAUCCUCAACCAAUAUGGGGUCCUAGGUGCGUGUUCAGACAGCCCGAAGAAGGCGGAGGCAGGGUGCGUGGUCUCACAGCCCGAAGAAGGCGGAGGCGGGGACGAGGCGCGGACGAGGCCGGAGAGCUUGUCCUCAACCAAUAUGGGGUUUCAGGGAAAACGAGGUGUGGAAGCUCAAGAUGAAGAAGACAGAGGCAAGGACGAGGUGUGGAAGCACAAGCUGAAGAAGACAGAGGUGCGGAAGCUCAAACUGAAGAAGUGCGUAGUCUCAGGGGCCUGGUUGUGCAAAGAGCUAUGUGUGUCGACACGCGAAGCUGUUGCCCAAGAGAACUUGCCCAAGAGCGACAAGGCUCGCCGAGACCUGCGCAGUGUCCAACAGGACCCCGCCAUGUUGUCAGAGCAGUCUUCAGGGCGAUACAUCGUCAGCGACGACGUGGAGCUGCCAGAGGAUCGCGUCCAGUACAGCGACGUGAACCUACUUCGACAAGCCCUCCUCGACGCCCGUGAGUUCCUUCGCUCAGGCUAUACGGAAAUCCACUUCCGAGUCUGGAGGCGCGACGAACCGAUGAAGCUUCUCUGCGCACGGAGUGCCAAGCAGCAUGAGGGCACGAUGGAACUCUACCUCACCUACGAGGACGGCGGCGAGGAAGAGGGCCUGCUGCAUCCGGCAGGAACCGGUUGCACCGGACCGUUGUUCGCGUUUGCCAGCAGACGCCAAGACGGCAUUCCAGCUCCUCGACGACGGCUGGGACGUGCUCAUACAAUCUUCUUCUUCAAGAACGAUCUGGUGGAGUGGACGGCAAAAAGGUGCAAGGAGGGCCUGGUGCAUCACAUGCGGCCGCGCUCCUCCAUCAUGUCGCAGUCGGGCAUACAGGUGCUCAGUCUCAGCGGGAACAACGUUGGAGGCGGAGACACGGACGAGUCCCGAAGGCUCGCAUGCCGAGAGAUUCGCCUAUCCUCAACCAAUACGGCGUCGCAGGUACUCCGGAAGCAAGGCCAGAGCGCUAUGGGGCUCGGGGUCCGCGGUCCCAGCCCGAAGAAGGCCGCCGGAACGAGGCUGGAACGUUUAUCCUCAACCACUGUGGGAUUCGAGAUCAGCAGCCCAGAAGCCGAAGAAGGCGAAGGCGGGGACGAGGCCGGAGCGCUUAUCCUCAACCAAGAUGGGGUUUCAGGUGCUUGGUCUGAAGCUGAGAAGACGGCGGAGGCCGGAGCGCUUAUCAUCAACCAAGAUGGGGUGUCAGGUGCAUGGUUUGAAGCUGAGAAGACGGCGGAGGCGGGGACGAGGCCGGAGCGCUUAUCAUCAACCAAGAUGGGGUCUCGGGUGCGUGGUCUCAAGCCGAAGACGGCGGAGGCGGGGACGAGGCCGGAGCGCUUAUCAUCAACCAAGAUGGGGUCUCAGGUGCGUGGUCUCAAGCCGAAGAAGGCGAAGGCGGGGACGAGGCCGGAGCGCUUAUCCUCAACCAAGAUGGGGUGUCAGGUGCUUGGUCUGAAGCUGAGAAGACGGCGGAGGUAG